AUGUCAUCUCCUUCCACGAAACGUCCCAGAGAUGCCUCGGAUGAUGGUGAAACUUCAACCAGUGUAAAGACGACUCAAAACCAAGAAUCCACAUUGAAACUACAAGUAGAAAAGGAAAAUUCCACCACUUCUACAACAACAGCCAUCCCAACCAACUUCAACGACUUAUCCUUAUCAUCCCAAACAAUGAAAGCUAUCGAAAAGAUGGGAUUCGAAUCAUUGACUCCAGUUCAAGCACGUACCAUCCCACCAUUAAUGGCAGGCAGAGAUGUUCUUGGUGCAGCCAAGACAGGAUCAGGUAAGACCUUAGCGUUCUUGAUCCCUGCCAUUGAAUUAUUAUACUCUUUAAAAUUCAAACCAAGAAACGGUACUGGGAUCAUCGUGAUCACUCCAACGAGAGAAUUGGCUUUACAAAUUUUUGGGGUCGUGAGAGAAUUGAUGGAAUUCCAUUCACAAACUUUCGGUAUCGUUAUUGGGGGUGCUAAUAGAAGACAAGAAGCUGAGAAAUUAAUGAAGGGGGUUAAUAUUUUGAUCGCUACUCCGGGGAGAUUAUUGGAUCAUUUACAAAAUACUAAAGGGUUUAUCUUUAAGAAUUUAAAAGCAUUAAUUAUUGAUGAAGCUGAUAGAAUUUUGGAAAUUGGGUUCGAAGAUGAAAUGAAACAAAUUAUUAGAAUUUUACCUAAUGAAGAUAGACAAUCUAUGUUGUUUUCUGCUACACAAACUACUAAAGUGGAAGAUUUAGCUAGAAUUUCUUUGAGAAAGGGACCUCUUUUCAUUAAUGUUGAAUCUGAAAAGGAUACAUCUACUGCAGAUGGGUUAGAACAAGGGUAUGUGGUUUGUGAUAGUGAUAAACGUUUCCUAUUGUUAUUUUCAUUUUUGAAAAGAAAUCAAAAAAGAAAAUCAUUGUCUUUUUAUUCAUCUUGUAAUUCUGUUAAAUAUUACGCAGAAUUAUUAAAUUAUAUCGAUUUACCUGUUUUAGAAUUACAUGGGAAACAAAAACAACAAAAAAGAACAAAUACAUUUUUCGAAUUUUGUAACGCUGAUAAAGGUAUAUUAGUGUGUACGGACGUUGCUGCAAGAGGUUUAGAUAUCCCUGCUGUUGAUUGGAUCGUCCAAUUCGAUCCUCCUGAUGAUCCAAGAGAUUAUAUCCAUAGAGUUGGUAGAACCGCAAGAGGUACUAAGGGUAAGGGUAAAUCUUUAAUGUUCUUGACUCCAAAUGAAUUAGGUUUCCUAAGGUAUUUGAAAGCCGCUAAAGUGCCAUUAAAUGAAUAUGAAUUCCCAACAAAUAAAAUCGCUAAUGUUCAAUCACAAUUAGAAAAAUUGAUUAAAUCAAAUUAUUAUCUACAUCAAACAGCCAAAGACGGUUAUAGAUCUUAUUUACAAGCUUAUGCAUCACAUUCUUUGAAAACUGUGUAUCAAAUCGAUAAGUUGGAUUUGGCCAAAGUGGCAAAAUCUUACGGGUUCUCAAUACCUCCAAAGGUUAAUAUUACCAUCGGUGCAAGUGGGAAAACUGAUAAGACAAAUACGAAAAGGCGUAAAACCAACAACCAAAGGCAUUAA